AUGGCAACUCCAGUUUGGUUCAUCACCGGAGCAUCAAAUGGCCUCGGCCUUCUCCUCAGCCUAAGGGUUCUUGCGGCCGGCCAUAAGGUUAUUGGCACAGCGCGCAAUCUGGAAAAGUCCGCGGAGGCUAUCCGUUCCAUUGAGCAGGCCGGGGGAUAUGUCAUUCAGCUGGACAUGACGGAGACCCGGGAGAGCAUCAUCAAAAAAGUGCAAGCGGCCGAGAAGAAAAUUGGUGAUAUUGACUUCCUCGUCAACAAUGCUGGCUACUCUGUCCUAGGGCCAAUCGAGUUCUUCACUGAAAUUGAAGCCGAGACUCAGAUUAGAACCAACUUAUUUGGGCCACUUUACGCCAUCCAAGCUGUGCAGCCCGGUAUGAGGGCUCGCCGAUCCGGAACCAUUAUCAACAUUAGCAGUGUGGCCGGCCAGGAUGGCCUCCCGAGUUGUGGACUCUAUGCGGCAAGCAAAUUCAGCCUAGAGGGGCUGAGCGAAGUCUUGGCCAAGGAGAUGAAGGAAUUCGGCAUUUCAGUCUUGAUUGUUGAGCCGGGCGCAUUCCGAACCAACUUUUUGAACGCCAGCACCAUAAACGACAUUCCCAUCGACAUCGGAUACGAGGGGACUGUUGUUGAAGACGUAGUCAAAAAGUUCGAGAGCGCCGAUGGAAAGCAGCCCGGGGAUCCUCAGAAGGCAGUCAACAUCAUUUUCGAGGUUGCUACUGGCGAAGGGGCAUCAGGUCACCUGAAAGGCAAGGUGCUCAGAUUGGCCCUAGGAAAAGAUGCGUUUAUUCGGACACAAGGAAAACUCGACUCGGUCCAAAAUGACUUGAACAAUUGCCGAGAAGUUGGCACAUCGACUGACAUUGAUGGUUAG